GAUGGCUAUGCGUGAAUAACCUUGUCCAUAUAGAAUCAUAGAUGAUUUUGGAGGAGCCUUCUCAAUGGGAUGUUUUGCUGGAUGCAUUUUUUAUUUCCUAAAGGGAAUGUCUUUUGCUCCUAAAAAAGAAAGAUUUUUUGGAGGAAUCUAAUUAUUAAAAAGAAGAGCUCCUAUUUUAGGAGGAUCUUUUGCUUUAUGGGGUGGGUUAUUCAGCAUCACUGAUUGUACUCUUAUGCAUUUGAGAAAUCAAUAAGAUUUUAUUAAUCCAAUUGUUGCAGGUGCAUUUACUGGAGGGUUUUUAGCCAUAAGAGGUAUUCACUUUCAACAUCAUUUAUAGCUGGAACAAGAAUUGCUAUGAGAAAUGCUAUUUUUGGUGGGAUUAUUCUAGGAUUUAUUUAAUUGGCAGAAAUAGGAAUGUUAAAGAUGUAAAUGAGAGAAGAAAUGAAAAGGAUGUAAUAAUAAUAAUAACAAUAAAUGGCUGAAAUGUAAGAAAUGAUGGAAAUGUAAACUAAUAGAGCUAAUAAAAAAUAAUAACCUAAAGUUGAAAAGUAUUGAAA